AGGAGUGAUUGUGUCAUGGUGCGGCGGGGCUCUGAAUCUCAAUAGGCUGCCAUCACUCAAUGGCUUGUGUUCACAGCGGUGAUCCAGCAGUCAAACAGAUUUUAGUUCACAUGAACGCGUCAACAAAUCCUGAAAAUCACUUCAUUGUCCAGGAUCUUGACGAUACGCAUCUCCUCAUCAAGGCCGAUGUCGUCAAUACUGUUUUAAAGAACUUGGAGGUCGAGGUGAGCAUGGCCCCCCAUUGGGUUUCAAGGAACCGUUCCGCUAAAGUGGCGGCACUGCAUGGGCCAGUUGGAGAGGAACAUGUUUACCACUGAUAUCCUGACCAAAUGAGAGCCAUCUAGCAUCUGAGAGUUCGCAAUGGCCGUCACCACCCAUACAAAAGCUAAUUCCUGAUACUAUAAUGACAACAACGUUGCGACUUUCGAC